CUCGGCCGCCGGCGUCGACCGUCGCGAUUCGGAUAUCUGCUGCCAGCGCCGACCACCGGCCAACUGAUACCAACUAUCAACUAUCAACAACUAUCAACCGUCAGCCAUUGGCCGUUGACCAUUAGCAAUCAUCCGUCAACGAUCAAGUAUCAACCGCCGCAUUCAGCCGCCGCCGUUCGCCCUCUCGCCCCUCGUUGCCCAUCGACCCCACACACCACACACCGAUCCGCUCUGAUUCAUCUGCAUCCCGUGUCUCUAUCAUCUGCUCCGAUCCAUUCGCCCCUGUCUCUCCAUCGCCAUGGUGAUUCUGCUAACCGUCAGCUUCCCGCAGUCCGCCGUCUUCUUUGCCGGCGAGCGCUUCUCCUGCUCCCUCACCUUCACAAACCCGGCUUCUCCUGUUCGCCCAACCCCGGCGCAGGUGCCCCCGUUGCCCCUUCAGGCAACCCUGGUAUCGCCGGCCCAGAGUGCGCUGAACUCCCCGCGUCGACGGCUUUCGGCCAUUCCGUCGUAUCUGGCGCAUUCUCUUCCUGGCUCGCGCCGGCCCUCAGUCCCAACCUCGGCCCUGGUCGCCCCAGGAGCCCCUGAUAUCGUGCUCAACACCCCCUCUGCCGAAGCAUUGGCUACCGACGACGGAUCAGCGUCCGUGGUCUCUGGCUCCGAGCCGCUGAGCAUCAAGCACAUUCCCGUCGUCGACCAAGGCAGCACCUUUGGCUUCCUGACGUCGUUCACCAAGGCUCUCUUCGGCACCGGCUUCUCGUCACCGUCACCGUCACCAUCGCUCAAUGCACCUCCAUCGCCCGUCGAUUCCGAGCCGUCUGGAUCGACCCUUCCGCUUUCCGAUCCCGCUAAUGACAGCAUGAAUGGAUAUGACCAUCCGGAGACCAAUCGCGAGGAGGAUCGAACAGCCCCUGGCUCAACUGCACCGCGGCCUCCACCUACUCUCCCACAUCUGCAGAUCCCAGGAAAGCCGGCUGCGUCCAAGAUAGCCGACCAGGCCCUUGGAUCGGGACACACCGAGACCGACAAGAUCAACCUCAGCAGCGUCCAUUCGAUCACGCCAGAUUCGAGCAACCCUGCCGUCCCCAACAGCGCCAACUUGACCUCGGAUCACUCGUCGUCCUUGGGCCGAGCCAGCACAGACUCGCACCGCACCAUGCCCAUGUCCAGCCAUCAUCUGCACUCACAGUCGUGGUCUGCACCGAGCACGGUCCGACCCGAGCAGAUCGCUUGGGCUUUUGCGCAAAUGGUCGGCAGCUUUUCGGUCGAUCCACUGUACAUCAAGAGCUCAAUGUUCGAAUCCCUGAACCAUCUCUUGAUGUACAAGCCCGGAGGCGGCGGAGGUGCCUUUGGAGGAGGUGGCUCGUUCGUCAACGGUGCCGAUGCAGCCAGGGAUAAAGAGGGCAAGGCAUUCCCCGUGCUGUCCACUCCGCCGACGUUAUUGUUCGCUGAUCUGUCGCUUGGUCCCGGCGAGAGCAAAACCUUCAACUACGAAAUCGAUCUGCCAUCGACGCUGCCGCCCUCCUAUCGCGGCAAGGUUAUCCGGGUUUCGUACAAGCUACUUGUGAAUGUGCAGAGGCCAGGCGGUCGCACCCGGACACAGCUGAUUCAACUGCCGUUCCGUCUGUUUGGGCGGUUCGAAGAAGACGCCGCUAAAGCCGUUUACGAGAUCAUGAACCCGAUCAUCAUCAACAACGACACUGCACAUGUCUCCAUGGUUGAGGACGCAGAGCCAGAGAAGCAGCAGCGCAAGGGCGUGGUUUCUAUGGAGGACGAUGCGCCUGAGAGAGCCAGCAUUACUCGUAGCAUCAUGGCCAUGUGCCAGUCGUCGAGGCGAGUGAACUAUGAGAUCUGCAGAAACAAUGAGCACGUGGCUCAGGUCGUUCUGCAGCGAAACACCUUCCGAGUCGGCGAAGCUGUCACGGUCAUAUUGGAUUUUUCAGACAGCGCUGUUCCGUGCUUCCAGAUAUCCAUAUUCCUUGAGACGUCUGAGCAAAUCCAGUCGACAUACGCUCUGAGGCCCAAGCAUCAGAGCAACUUGCUUACUCGGAAGGUGUUUGCCGAGUAUCACAAGUGUGUAGCAUCGACCAAGCGGCUGAGCGCCACCCUAGCGAUUCCCGUGAAUGGUGCCUCAGAGUUUCAAACAUCGGCAGUCUCUCUGCGAUGGAGCCUCAGGAUCGAGUUUGUGACCGGCACCAAGUAUCAGUACUACGAUACAACCUCCGACGACCCCAACUUUGUGAGCGUCCACGGCUCCUCGUCGGCAGAUGUCGAGGCAUUCGAUUGUAUGGUACCGAUAAAGGUCAUAGGGUUCAAGACAGCCAAGAACUCCAAGAACCUGCACGCCUUUGAGAUCGUAUAGAUGGAUCCAGACUAGACAUUGCGUGUGUAUACAGCGUGCUCAAAACGAAACGGACACCCUGGUUUG